GAGAGAGAAGUAUUUAGGCACGGCAAAUUUCAGAUAGAAAUGAGCGAGUUGACAGACAAAGCUCCUUCCAUCUCUGUGUCUGUCUCUGCUCACCAGCCCUAACGAUGAUUUAAUCCCAAAACUGCAAAAGAAGUUACAGCUUUUAGGCCCAAAUCUCUGUUCUUACAUGAAAUAGAGUUGGGUGUUUUUCAGGUUUUGGAGAAAUGGUUGUUUUUAAGGUUUGGAGGAGAUGGUUGUGAAACUUUGAGAGUUGUGUUGUUUGGUUAAAAGGGUUUGCAGUGGAAGAAGGAGGAGGUUGGGAAAUAGGGUUUUUGAAUUAGAUAAUUUUGAAGGAAGAACAGGUUAAUUUUUAGAUUUGGAUGAUAAGGCUGGGAGACUUUGCAUAGUUUGCUGUUUGUUUGAAAGGGCUUUUUGGAAUGGAAGGAGGGUCAGGUUACAACUCUGUUCCUUCUUCAACCUCUUCUGAUAAGUCCAGAGUUUUGGAUGUGAAGCCUUUGCGUUGUUUGAAACCAGUGUUCUCAAGUACGCCUCAAGGUUCUCCCUUUGUGUGUGCCCCGCCCAAUGGCCCUUUCCCUCCUGGGUUUACGCCAUUUUACCCAUUUAGUGUGCAACAAGGAUCUCAAGCCUCACCUGAUCUCAACCACCAGAAUCCUGCCCCAAUGCAGACGCCAGUGGGUCAUAUGCCGGCUCCACUUCGGGCAUUCCGAAGCCAGCAACCAUCUGAAUUCUCGGGGUCCUUUAAUGGAGACGCUGGGAAUGAUGAUGGUUAUUCUAGUGGUAAAAAACGUGCGGGUCCUCACUUGCGUGGCUCCAACUCAUACCAAAAGAAAAAGAAUAAAUCUGCUCUCUCUGUUGUUGCUAGCAAAGGGGCUGGUACAAGUUUUGUUGUUGAUAUUAGUCCAGUACUAAGGGAUGACGGUAACAGGGAAGUGUAUAAUCUGGUGCUUAUGAGAUUUGAUGCGAUUCGGAGGAGGCUCAGCCAGAUUGAAGAUGCCAAGGAGAGAAGCACUGGGAUUAAGCGUGCAGAUUUAAAAGCUGGGAAUAUUUUGAUGAGCAAAGGGAUCCGGACGAACAUGAGGAGGAGGAUUGGAGCUCUGCCUGGAGUUGAGAUUGGGGACAUCUUCUUUUUUCGUCUUGAAUUGUGUGUGGUGGGACUACAUGCUCAGUCUAUGGGUGGAAUUGACUAUAUGGUUCUCAAGGAUGAUAUGGAAGAAGAGCCAGUGGCUCUGAGCAUUGUUUCAUCUGAAGGAUAUGAUGAUGAUGCAGAUGAUGGGAAUGUUCUGAUUUAUAGUGGUCAGGGUGGGAAUUUUGGAAAGAAAGACAAACAGGCAUCUGAUCAGAAGCUUGAAAGGGGUAACCUCGCUUUGGAGAGAAGCUUUCGUCGGGGCAAUGAGAUAAGAGUCAUUCGGGGUAUCAAAGAUGCUGUUAAUCCAUCAUCAAAGAUCUAUGUCUAUGAUGGCCUUUACAAAAUCCAGGAGUCGUGGUCUGAGAGCAAAUCUGGUUGCAAUAUAUUCAAGUACAAAUUUGUGAGGAUGCCAGGGCAGCCUGGUGCCUUUUCCAUUUGGAGAUCAAUUCAGAAGUGGAAGGAAGGCUUCUCUUCAAGGGGUGGACUUAUUCUUCCAGACUUGACUUCUGGGGCCGAAAAUACACCUGUUUCACUUGUAAAUGAUGUUGAUGAAGAGAAGGGCCCUGCUUAUUUCACUUAUUUUCCCACUCUCAAGUAUUCAAAAUCAUUCAACUUAGCACAGCCUUCGUUUGGUUGUAACUGCCGUAAUGCAUGCCAACCAGGUGAUCCCAACUGCUCUUGUGUUACGAAUAAUGGAGGUGAUUUUCCAUAUACCACCAACGGGAUUCUUGUGAGCAGAAAGCCUUUGAUAUAUGAAUGUGGUCCUACAUGUCCUUGCUUUCCCAACUGCAAAAACAGAGUGUCCCAGAUGCCUUUGAAAGUUCACUUGGAAGUAUUUAAAACGACGGAUAGGGGUUGGGGCCUGCGGUCAUGGGAUCCUAUUCGUGCUGGUACUUUUAUAUGUGAGUAUGCAGGUGAAGUUAUUGACAAAGCUAAGGUAAAGCCAGGUGGGGAGGAAGGUGAAAAUGAUGAGUUUGUUUUUGAUACAACCCGUGUUUAUGAUUCAUUCAAGUGGAAUUAUGAACCCGGGUUAUUGGAUGAGGAAAGAUCUAAUGAUUCUGAUGAGAAUUACGAAAUUGCAUCUCCCCUAGUCAUAAGUGCCAAGCAUGUCGGAAAUGUAGCACGAUUUAUGAAUCAUAGCUGCUCACCAAGUGUUUUCUGGCAACCAGUUUUAUAUGAACACAAUAAUCAAUCCUUUCUUCAUAUUGCAUUUUUUGCAAUUAGACAUAUACCCCCUAUGACAGAGUUGACUUAUGAUUAUGGGGUUGCCCGCUCUAAUGAGGCUGAGGGUAACAUCACACUCAAUAGGAAAAAGAAAUGCUUAUGUGGAUCAUCAAACUGCCGUGGUUAUUUUGGUUAGUGUUUUAAGGUAUGCAUGCCAGCAGAAAAGCAUGGUGCCGGCAAACAUGGUCCUGGCUAAAAGUGUAACAGCAACACUGGUGAGGGUUAACAACAUGCUUGUCUGGGGUCAGUUCCAGCCAAAGCUCAUGUUAAGUGGCCCUGCAUUUUCCUUUUUGCAACCCAGUUUGUAGCUAGUAAAAAUAUUUGCUGUAAGGUUUAUCCUCCAGGAUUAGUGGUGCUUUGCUUUCAAAUCGUGUAUGAUUUCACUAGUGAAGUUCCUUUUUGGUUCAUAUAGGAUUAUCAAUCCAAGUAGAAUGGCCAUGGCUGUCACCCUCUAUAAACUUCCUUUGUAGUAUCUGUAACUUUUGUCAUGUGAUCUAACUUUUGACUAAGAAGUCUGUUGUUGUA